AUGGAGGUCGACUCGGCCAACAAUCGGCAUGCUGCAGUUUUAAAACGAAAAGCCACCGACUCGAUCAACGAAGUUCUCUCAUUUGGCCAAUCUUCGAGUAGUCCACAAAAACGGACUAAAAAGACGCCUCUUCACAAAAUUCGGGACGUUGAAGCUUAUAAAAAGAUCAUCAAAACAUACAAGGCUCCUACGUGGUUCGGAUGCGCUGUAUCGCCUCGCGACCUCGCCGAUUACGGAUGGGAGUGUGUCAAGAAAGAUUGUGUAAAAUGUGUGGAAUGCGAGGAAUUACUGUGCACAUCUCUUCCAAAUAUUUGCAAAGUAUCAUUCAAUGUCUACAACUCGAGGCUCCAAGAAAUCCACGAUCAAUUGUCGUCAGCUCACAGAACAACGUGCAAACUCCGAACGGGUGCCCCUCCAAUCCGGUUUACAGAACCUACAUCGAAAGAAAUUAUGAGCGGAAUUCAGAGUAGGCUCUCCGAUAGUAAGAGCAUCGAGGAUGAUGACUUCGUUGUGCACAUUCCUUCAGAUGUCAAUCUCCCGAAAUUGGAAGGAAUCUCGGACCGGCUUAUGUAUGUGGCUGCUCUUGGCUGGCACGUCACCAAACCAAGACGGGGCACCCUCAUGUUUGGCUGCGACUAUUGCGCCAGAGAAUUAGCUAUUCGAUGUGGAAACGGUUUCGAUCCGAUUCACAACCACGAGCGUUGGUGUCCAAGAAUCGACAUGGAUGAGCACGGCGAACCAAGUUGGCAAUCUGACAUCAGUAUCGUAUUGAACACGAAGAAUCGCGUCAGCCAUAGAUAUUCCGGAUCGUCAAUUUUCAAGGAGGCCUACGCUGCUCGUCGCCUGAUCGAUAGCUCGCUUUCGACAAUCAUCAGUCCCAACCUCCUUUAA